AUGUACGCGGCGGCCGGUGGCGCGUCGCUGGCCAGCAGGCGGCACAAGCCCAAGCACCGGAACACAGCGGACGCGGACGCGCUGAUCCACCAACAGUUUCAGCGCCGGUUCCAGCAGCACCAGCAACAGUAUGCACCAGCGUCCGUGGAACACCAGCUGCGCGCCUCGUCGUCGCUGACGCCGUCCACGCCCAUGUCGCCGUUCGGACAAGUCCGGUUAUCGGGUCCGUUCGAUCCGGCCGAGAAUAAGACAGCAGCGUCGGUGGCUUGGCCUGGACCAGUCGGUCCGUCUCCAGACAGCGAUGGCUCGGCACCAGGUGGUUCCAUACUCAUACACCUGCCGGCUGACCCACAUAGGAAAUGGACGAAAAAAAAUAAGAUCCACGACGCCUUGUCGUUCGGGGGUGGCGACGGCGACGACCGGAGACUCUACGAGCUGCAGCAGGGCGCGGCGGCCAACACCCUACUGUACGUGGGACUGUGUUCUGUGGCGCUGGGCCUGAUCAUCGCGUUCGUGGGCACCGGUGAGAAGGGCUUCAAGACGGUCCAGCUCAGGUUCAUCGGGCCCGGCAUGAUCGCCAUCGGCGUGUGCUGUUGCGCUGUCCGCAUUAUGUUGUGCUUCUGUCCGCCGACGUUUUGCUUCAAGCGCCGCCGGCACAAGGGUGGCGGCGGUGCUUCAGACAAAAUGGCUGAGUUCUACAAAUACAUGCCGUUCCGGAACCAUCCGAUAAACGCCAACUCAGCCGCUGCCGAACCGCUCACCGGAGUCGUCGUCGAGAACGUACCGAUGACGGUCCUGAAACCGGCACUGAAACGCGUGUCCAUGGCCGCUAACCAGCAACCACAAAUCGUCUGUCAACAAGCGAAACGGAUGCCUAAGGCCACUCCAGAAGCCAGUCUGGAUAGCAGCAUGGAACAUCUGAUCGAACAGGACGACCAUCUGUACACGAAGGACGAGGUAAGCUCGAACAAAAAUCUCUCCAACCUCAAGUCAACGUUGACAUUCGAGGACUCGUUGAACGUGGCCACCAAAAUGAUGGUAAAAUCGUUCGAGGAGUUGAACAACGCGUCUUCCAUGCCAGGCGGUGAUUCCACCGACCAUCACCGACAGGAGCUGGUGCUGAGCGCCGUGAACCUGACGAAGUAG